UUCAACUAUUAUUUUCUAACGCAGUAAUUUGCAAGAUUUAUCGUUUUUUCGCAAUAAUGUGCCUCAUUUGAUACAUUAGAGGUUUGGUAUGGCUCCAAAGAAGCAGAAAGACGCGUCAAAAUCGCGAGCUAAUCUCGCAGACGACGACGCGUUAGAGUGGCUCAAGCCGCGCGUACUCAUCAAACCAGAUGAUCAGGACUUCGUUCCAGAAUCUGAACUUGAUGAAGAAGUUGGUCGUAUAUUGACAACAAUAAAUCCGCAAUGGGUGCCAGUAGAGGUGGCAUAUCACUACGGGCAAAACAAGUUCAUAACGAAGCCCAAGCCGGCGUUUGGUAAAGCCUACCCACUGUAUGUGUACCAAGGUACCGCGAUACGAAAAGACUCUGAUGAGGCAAAGGCUCAAAUCGCUGCCGGUUAUGGUAUGGUUGGUUUCGACGACGCGGGUCCUAAACGUGCUAAAGUUAAAAAAGCUGCGGCUGAAGAAGAAGAGGAAGAGGAACCGGAAGCGGAACCGCCGCCCGUCGAAGAAGCUAAACCAGAAGAGGAGGGACCAGCUGAAGAAGAAGUUCCGGAAGCAGCAGAACCUCCGCCAGAACCAGACGUGCAAGAUGAACAGGAAGUUGGCAAUGAAGAAGUCGAGGAACCAGAACCAGAAGAGAAACCGGCGGCUGUUGAAGAGGAAGUUAUUGUGGUAAAGCCGAGAGUCAGGAAACUUGCCAACCAGUUCAACUUUUGCGAACGAGCUGCUCUCACGUAUAACUUUCCUCGUCGCUCCGUCGAAACGCAAACAAUUCCCCCGCCGAGAGCUAACUUCGGCUCGACCGCACUUCAGUGCAUCAUUUUCGACUUUUACCAAGAAGAUUACGCGAGGAAGAUGCGUGAAAAGGAAGAAGAAAAACCGAAAAGGCUUCGUAAGAAAAAAGAAAAGCAUGCCAAAUCCGCUCAGCAAAUCCACGACGAACAGUUGGCACAGCGCAUCCGCGAAGCUUGGGCCAUACUCGAGCGCCUUGUCAAUCAGAACAUAUAUGACGAUAUCGCUCAAGACUACCGUUACUGGGAUGAUCCGUCGGACGAGUUCCGUGAAGGCAUGGGCUCGCUGUUGCCGCUGUGGAGAUUCCAGUUCGAGCCGAUGCGCAGCCACGCAGUCUGCGACAUGCAAUGGAAUCCCCACUAUCAGGACUUGUUCGCUGUCGCUUACGGCUCCUUGGACUUCACCAAACAGCAGAAGGAAGGGUGCGUAUGUUUGUACAGUAUCAAGAACCCCGCGUACCCGGAGUACGCGGUCGUCACCGAAUCGCCAAUCAUCUGUAUUGACGUGUACAAGGAGACGCCUUACCUCAUCUGUGUCGGUUGUUAUGAUGGCAACGUGUGUGUGUACAACGCACAGCUCUCUCUCGAGUCGUCCUACCAGUACAAAUCCGACUCUGUCCGGGACAAGCACAGUAACAUUGUAUGGGAAGUCCGUUGGGGGGCGCGGCUGAUUGACGGCGAGGCAUCGUUCUUCUCUGUAUCGGGUGACGGGCGUGUGGUGCAGUGGGCGGUGAUGCCGGGCGAGCUUCGAGCCACCACUAUCAUAGAAUUACGCGCGCCCGCAGCCCCCGUACCCGGACCCGACGGCACCCUCAUCACUGUUAAUAGUUGCGGCAGCAGUAUCUGCUUCCAUCCGGAGAAAGCGGACAUCUUUCUUGUGGGCACCGAGGACGGCGCGAUCCACACAUGCUCGCUCAAAUACAACCGCAGCUAUGUGCGCUCCUGUCAGGCGCAUCACAUGCCUGUAUACCGUAUCAACUAUAAUUACUUCAACAACUCCAUAUACGCCUCCUGCUCGGGAGAUUGGAGGGUCAAGAUAUGGGAGGAUGGACGCGACGAACCACUAUUCAUGUUUGAGCUUGGCUCCCCGGUGGGCGAUGUAAAGUGGGCGCCUUACUCCAGCACUGUGUUUGCCGCCUGCACCGCCGACGGGAAGGUGUACGUAUUCGAUCUGAAUGUAAACAAAUACCGACCGAUUUGUGUGCAAGCUGUCGUCUCGAAGAAAGCGAAGAAAUUGACGAGGCUCGAUUUCAAUCCAAAACUUCCCGUCAUUGUGUGUGGCGAUACCAAGGGCACAUGUCAUGUAUUAAAAUUGUCGCCUAAUUUACGGGUUAUGGUAAAACCACCAAAGAAGGCACAAGCCACUGACCAAAGGACUUUACAGAUAAUAAAACUAGACAAACUUCUAACUCUAGUUCGAGACCCGCCGUUUACACCUGGAGUUGUUGAAGAAAAAUUUGAAGAUGAUUAA